AGUUAGUUGUUUCAUGGCACAUGAAAGCUGCUACCAUGUGUGAAUUUUCCAAGCUGGAGUUUAUAGGUGGUCUACAAGGGCUAGGGAUAGACUCUUUGGAGAAGUUCUGUGAAAAGAUACCAUUUAUGCGCAUGGAGCUGAAAGAUGAUCGCGAAAACACUCACCCAAUGGUCACGAACUCUUGAGCGCACUCUCCACCUUGCUUUUACAAGGCAGGAGGGUCAGAAAUCUUUAGCAUUGGAUACAACUAUUGGAAUGUGGCAAUUACUGUUUGCCAAAAAGCAGCGGCCAUUGGUUGAACACUGGAGCCAGUUCUUACAGGGUCGGCAUAACAAAGCAAUAUCUAGGGACACGUGGUCUCAACUAUUGGAGUUUGCAAGGACGGUGGACCCUGCAUUAACAAAUUAUGAUGCGGAAGGUGCAUGGCCCUAUCUUAUUGAUGAAUUUGUUGAAUAUUUGAAUGAAAAUGGCAUCAUCCAAAAUGUCCAGUUGAAUGAUUUGAGCCAAAAACGAUGACGAGGUGCUGGAGUAGUGAUUUAUCAUCUUUCUUUAGUGUGGUUAAAUUGCGAUGUUCUGUGAUAUUAUUGGUUUAUCACUAAAAGGUAAAAUACCCCCAAAAAGGAAUGAGAAGACAUGAGUUCCAAUUCAACCUUGUUUUCCACUGACGAUUCAUUUGCAACCUUUGUAGUUAAUGGGACUGCUGAUGUGGUAUAUGCAUUUUCCUGUAAAAUAAGUUAUGAGAAUCGAGAACCUACUUGUACUACUAAGCACUAGUAGUAAUAGUAGGUUAAAAAGGAAUUUUCUUUUGUUUGGAUAAAAUAUUUCCUCCAUACGAUAGUAUGGACUUUGGUACUUGAAA